AUGCGUCCGUCAGAGUUCCACACUCUCUUCACAGGCAAAAAUCUGAGAUGGGAGAUUUUGGGCUUGAUCAUGGCGAUCGCCGGCUCUAGUGCCCAGUUCACAUCGCCUAACGACCCCCUCUUCACAUUAGAAGAUGGCAAGCAGAUGAAUAGAGAGGAGUUCAUCGAGGACAUAAUGCAUGCAACCAAUACGUGUAUCAACAUCUGCCAAACACAUGGCGCUGUCAAUGAGCAUCAUGCUACUUGGAGGCGCAUGGGCGACAGUGUAUCCGCGCUCUACGCUGCGGGAAUCCACUGCGAGGCUUGCAAUGUAGACGGUAGCAACGCAGAACCAUUCUUCAUGCGCGAAUUUAGGAGACGACUCUACGCGGCGAUAUAUUACGGCGACAAGACACUAGCGGUGUUCUACGGAAGGCCUCCGAUGAUGGGCUGGAGAUACAGUGACCGCAAGAUGUUGUUGGACAUUAGCGAUCGCGCUAUGGCCUCGGACGAUACUGAAGUACUCAAUGCUGAGCUCUCGAAGCUCGACAGCGACGGUUGGAAUACCGAAGGUCAUCUGCACCCUACUACUUUCGGUAGAAUGCGAUGCCAACUUGCUGUGUUCAAAGAGAGAUUGUUAGAGCAAAGUCUUGCAGGCGAAAAGGAUAGCGAAGUGGUGCGGAAUGUCGAAGCAAUCUCUGCCGAAUGUGCCGAAUGGUGGAACUCGUUACCGACUCACCUUCGCUAUGAUACAUAUACCGAAGAAGCUGCUUGGGUAGACCGCGGUCCUGGUCUGGCCAUGCGGCUGGUCGCCUACUACCUGGAUUACCUUCACGUACAUUUCCAAACGCAACGCCUCCUUCAUCGGAUAACGCAACAAGCCCUGCCAGCAUUGUUGGAAGUGUCUCUGAAGCUACUGGUAUCCUCACUCGUGGCUUCCAAGCCGCAAAACCGCAUAUACGAAACUCGUCGCCAUUUCCCCACUGUCAUUUUAUUCUACUGUUCCCCAGCUGCUGGUGUAUUGGCACUAGAGCUGCGGAGAUGUACAAUUGAGGGCGUACCACUACCUAGCACAGUCUCCCGGGCCGACCUAAUCCGUAACCUUUCCGUGUUGACUUCAUGUUUGGAAUGGAGCGUUCUUCCCGGCGACGGCAAUCUCAAGCUUUGCAACGAGCUCAACAAAAUGCUCGCGCUGGUACUAGAUGAGGUCCUCAACUACGAACCUCCAAUCAAAGGCACACCAGAUGCCGGUGACGAUACCGCAGCUAAUCUGACCGGGAUGGGGCAGGGAUUCUUCGAUAUGCCCAUGACCGAGGGGCUGGAACCUAUACCGACAGAGUCCUCCGACUUUCUGAACUGGCUAGACAAUGCAACGUGGAAUAAUGCGGACUUGUUCUGA